UCCUUAACAGCAUAUCACAUAAGGAACUUGUGAGUUGUGUUGGCUGGACCACAGCAGAUGAGCUGUACUCAUGCAGUGAGGACCACCAGAUCCUCAAGUGGAACCUGCUGACCAAUGAGACCAGUCUGAUUGUCAAAUUGCCAGAGGACAUUUUCCCCAUUGACCUACACUGGUUCCCCAAAACUCUUGUUGGCAAGAAACAGACUCAGGCUGAGAUCUUUGUCCUUACCAGCACUGAUGGAAAGUUCCACCUGGUCUCCAAGAUAGGACGCAUUGAGAAGAGUGUUGAAGCACAUAAAGGAGCUGUUUUGGCUGGAAGAUGGAACUAUGAUGGGACUGCUCUUAUCACAGCUGGAGAAGAUGGGCAGAUCAAGAUCUGGUCAAAAAGUGGUAUGCUGCGCUCAACACUAGCCAGCCAAGGGUCUUCUGUGUAUUCUGUGGCUUGGGGUCCAGACUCAGACAGAAUCCUCUACACAUCAGGAAGACAGCUAGUCAUCAAGCCUCUGCAACCCAGCGCAAAAGUCAUACAGUGGAAGGCUCAUGAUGGGGUUGUUCUGAAGGUGGACUGGAAUUCAGUCAAUGACCUCAUACUGUCAGGUGGAGAAGACUGUAAAUAUAAGGUUUGGGACAGCUUUGGCCGUCUGCUUUACUCCUCAUCAUCUCAUGACUACCCGGUCACCUCUUUAUCCUGGGCUCCGGAUGGAGAGGUGUUUGCCGUGGGCUCUUUCAACACCCUGCGGCUCUGCGACAAGACUGGAUGGUCCUAUGCAUUGGAGAAGCCCAACACAGGCAGUGUGUUCACCUUGGCCUGGUCUGCAGACGGUACCCAGCUGGCUGGGGCCUGCGGCAAUGGGCAUGUCAUCUUUGCCCAUGUGGUGGAGCAGCACUGGGAGUGGAAGAACUUUGUGAUCACCCUUACCAAGAGGAGAACCAUGCAGGUGAGGAAUGUGAUGAACGACGCAGUGGAUGUAUUGGAGUUUAGAGAUCGAGUCAUCAAAGCCUCACUGGCAUACGGUCACCUGGUGGUUGCUACUUCCCUCCAGUGUUACGUAUACAACUCAAGAAACUGGAAUACUCCCCUCAUCUUUGACCUGAAGGAGGGAACAGUAAGCCUCAUCCUGCAAGCGGAGAAACACUUUCUGCUUGUGGAUGGAGCAGGGUUGUACACGUUCUCCUAUGAGGGUCGACUGAUAUCCUCCCCAAAGUUCCCUGGUAUGAGAGCCGACAUCCUAAAUGCCCAAGGUGUCUCACUUAGUAACGACACCAUUGCCAUCCGAGACAAGAGUGAUGAAAAAGUCGUCCUUCUCUUUGAUGCCCUGACCGGGAAAGCCCUUGGUGAUGGGAAGCCCUUGACCCACAAGCUGGAGGUGGUCGAGAUAGCUCUGGACCAGUGUGGCCCAUCCACCGAAAGGAAGAUUGCCCUUAUAGACAAGAACCGUGACCUUUAUUUGACCUCUGUGCGUCAUCUUGGGCGAGAGCCCAAAAUCUCCAAAAUUGGAAGCAUGGUUCACAGUAUGGCAUGGAAUGAUACUGCUAACAUCCUAUGUGGAAUCCAGGACAACCAAUUCACAGUGUGGUACUACCCAAGUACUGUCUUCACUGACAAGGAACUGCUUCCAAAAACACUGUACAUAAAGGAUGGCAGUGAGUUCAGCCGUGCACCCCACAUUCUGAGCUAUGUUGGCACUAAGGUGACGUUACGCCAAGGAGACGGUUCACUGGUGUACAGCAGUGUACCUCCCUACCCAGCCCUACUUCACGAAUACAGCACCUCUGCACGCUGGGAGGAUGCACUGCGCCUCUGCCGCUUCGCCAAGGACCAAUCUUUGUGGGCAUGUCUUGCUGGUAUGGCAAUGGCAAACAGGGAGCUGACCACAGCGGAGAUGGCCUAUGCUGCCAUUGGAGAGUUACCUAGGGUGCAGUACAUCAACUUUAUAAAGGAGCAGCCAUCUAAGGAGUCAUCUUUGGCCCACAUGCUGAUGUUCAGUGGUCAGGGCCAGGAGGCUGAGGCCACUCUGUUACAAGCUGGUCUCAUCUACCAGGCCAUACAAGUCAACGUUGACCUUUUCAACUGGGAGAGGGCACUGGAGCUGGCAGUCAAACACAAGACCCACGUGGACACCGUGCUGGCCUAUAGGGAGAAGUUCCUACAGAAAUUUGGCAGGAAGGAGACCAAUAAGAGAUUCCUGCAGUACGCUGAAGGGGUUGAGGUGGACUGGGAGAAAAUCCAGGCGAAGAUAGAGAUGGAGUUGGCAAAAGAGAGAGAGAAAGCUGCUAAUGCCUCUGUGAGGAGCAGCAUGGCCCCUCGACGUUAAUGUUCUAGAGAACUUUCUCCAAAACAUCAACUUUGCAGAAAUCAAUGCCCAUGUUUUUUUGACAUUUGGUGAAUAUUAGUUGGUUAGACAUGGCCUUUGGGUAAAAAAAGAAAUCUGUACUUGAGGUUCAAUGUCCACCAUUAGUCACAAGUAUAUUAACUUCAAAUGUUUUUAUAUGAAGGCAACAUUUGGAGAUGUGAAGAUUAGUAGACCAUGAAGAAUAUGACACUUGGCUUUGACUCAUACAGCACAGUCUUUUGGCAUAUUCUGUGUAAUAUAAAACAUUUGCACAAUGUUGAAGAUGGCAUUCUGUUACUGUGGGUGGAUGAUUUGACUUUUGAUAAGAAUAUCUGUAUCUCCCAGCAACAGCACCAUUAUGGCCUUUCUGUCAUAUCAGCUUCUCAGUGAUUUCAGUUUGUCAAGUUCAGAGUUGAGUGUUAUCUUUUUCCAUUUGUCAAAAUUAACUUGGUAUGUUCAGUCAUGCAUGAAUGUACUGUAUGACUUUGCUUUGUCACUGAUGUUUGACUUUGUGUUUUUAUAUGGAUAGACAUUUUUAAAGUUUAUAUUAUCAAAAUCCUUCCCUCUGUAAACACUACAAAGAAUUUCAGUUAAUAAAACAAAUGGAAAUACUGCAUAUAUUCAGAAAAAAUAUGCUCUUUUACAUUGC